CUCUGAAUUUCUCAAAUCACUCUUCGUCCUCUUCUGGGAAAAAUAUUAGCUUUUCUAAAUUUCUUUAUUUUUCGGUUUCUUAGUAUAUGUUCUUCACUUUCAAAAACCGUUGAGAGUUGGGUGAUCUAAAGUUCUGAUACAUUGCAAUGGCUGAAGAGAAUAUUCCACAAGUUGAUGAGAAGUGUUGUUUGGAUGAUGCAAAACCAGUGGAGACCAUUGAAGAAAACUCUGUUGAAACAAUGCCUUUGAUUGAUGAGGAAACUCAAGGAGAUGAUGUUCCUCUUCCUCCAGCUGCAGUAUCCAAUGGUGAUGUGAAUCUGAGACGGUGUUCGAAUGGAGCGUUAGAUAAACGAGUACCAGGUAAAGCUCAGGUUCAAACACGUUACCGUGGGAACCAAAUGAGUUCGACUCAUGAUCUAUGUAAACAUGGGAAGAGGCGUGAGGAUGAUUUUGUGACCAAACCGUGGAAGUUGGUUAAGAAAAAGAAUGUUGAAAGCGGAGAUUUGGUGAAAGGUGAGACUUUGGGCGUGAUGAGGAAGUCGUUGGGAAGUGUUUCUAAACCGGAGAAGUCAUUGCAGGUUGCAAAGAGAGCUGCUGCUGCUGCUAGUGAGGUUGUCAAAUCUUGUGAUGGUUUACUCGUUAAGAGAUGUGAAACCAAGAGUACUAAUCCGAGUGAUGUAAAACUGGUCAAGAAGACAAAUGUUGAUGUUAAGAAGGUUUCAAGGAUCAACGAGAACAAGAGUUCUAAAGAGGGUCUUUCGAAGAAUCUGAAGAAGAAAGAGAAGAUGAAGAUUGAUGAACCGGUUAGAUGUGAAGAUGUCUCGGAUAAGAGGGUUUCAAGGAACAGCGAGAACAAGAGUUCUAAAGAGGAUCUUUUGAAGUGUAUGAAGAUGAAAGAGAAGACGGAGAUUGAUGGACCGGUUAGAUUUGAAGAUGUAUCGGAGAAGACUUUGUAUGUUGUUGAAACUAGUAUUGAGGAGAAGAAGAUGAAGAAGAGGAGCAUAAAAAGUGUCAAGAGUGAGAUUCAGAUAUCUUCUGAGAAGAAAAUCUUAAGAGGCAGUGGAAAGAAAAAUCUUACAUCUUUACCGUCGUCUUUGUCUCCAUCCUCGGAGGAGGUUAAGGGAUCGCGUGCUACGAGAUCAGAUCCUAGGCCAAUAAGACAGACGACUUCCAGGUCCAAGACUGGUUUGUAUGAGAAGAAAGAGAUUGGUUCUGCAACUCUUGUAACUAACUCGAAAACCGAAAGCAAGGUUAGGCCAAAGAGGAUUGGUUUAAAAGUUACUCCUCCUCCUCCUGGUCCUCCAACGAGGCCGGUUAGUUUCAGAAAAGGGAAAGUUCUUGAACCAAAACCAGAAGGUUCGACUCCAACAUUGAUCAAAUUCAAAAAGAGAGUUGUUCAAGAAACAAAACUCAGAAGUGAUGGGAACAAGAAGAAGAAGAACCUGAAAGAUAAACGAGAAGGUGUUGGGAAAAUGAGCAAUAAUAACGGUGAAGGUAAACGAGAGAAAGUUGUUUUGAGGCACAGAAAAGUGGAAGCAAAGAAGAAAUUGCAGACACUUUUCAAUAAUGUGAUUGAAGAGACUGUGAAUAAGCUUGAAGAAGUGAGGAAGAGUAAGGUUAAAGCAUUGGUGGGUGCUUUUGAAACCGUAAUUUCUCUUCAAGAUAACGAUAAAACAUCUCAGAAGAAGAAAGCUCAGAGAAAACCCACAUCUUCACAAGUCGUUGAAGGCUAGUCCUUGGCUGCUUAAAUCCAAUAUUUGUUACAGAAAAAGAUAAAACUUGUGAAUUUAUGAUACAGUUCUUGAGUUGGGAAAAAGUGGGUUUGUUUGUUCAUGAAUCUUUUGAUGUAAAAUUUUCAAUAAAAUCA